AUGACUAACGUGAUUGAUAGGUUAAAUGAAAUUCAAUCAGAACUUCAACCGUAUGGCCUUACUCAACGAAAUGCAGAAUAUUUCUUUGAAAAGAAAAUUAAACAAAUGAAAAUUAAAGACAUUGAAGAAAUGGGACUUCUUUUUAAUGAGUUAUUUCCUGGAUUUGGGUUUGAAAAGAAGAAAACAGGAAUAAAUAAAGAAGGAUAUAUUAAAUACUUCUCUUAUCUUAUUCACCAUCCAGUUGGGUCAUACAUUGAUAUAAAACAGUGUCAGUUUAGUACUAAACAUGAGAAAUUACCAAAUAAUACUAUUACUCAAACUGACUUUGGUCAUUAUUUAAAAGAAAGGACUUUUCUUAUGGAACAAAUGUUAAAAAUCCCUGAUCAUCUGGAUGAACAAGCUGAUAAGAUACCAAAAAGAAUUGAUACAUCCCAUGAAUAUUCUAAUGGUUUAAAUAAUUCAAAUCAACAAACCAUUAAUAAAAAUGGUUCUAAUAUUAAUAUAAUGGUGUCUUCUUUAUAUAAAAUUCAAAAUACUCAACAAGUUCAAUUUUCACUAUCACAACUUCCCCUUGAAUUUUUUGAAACACAACAUCCACAAUACAUGAUUAAUGAAAUAAUAUAUUGUUCUGUAUUCAAUCCAUCAUUUACUACAUCUCGAUUCACAAUAACAACACCUUCUUCACAAAUAAACAAUAAAAGGAUUAUUCUUCGUUUAUUUGACUUAAAGAGAAAUAAAGAAUGUAAUGAAAUUUAUUUUAUUCAAACAAGUGUUAAUUCUACCUUUAUUAAUUUAGAUGGAUUUUAUGAGCCAUUAUAUGGUCAGCCACAUUCUGAACCAGCUAUUGUUAGAAAACCACUUGAUAUUACUACACAAUGUUUUGCAACAAAAAACAUGGUAUCUAUUAUGGUUAAUAAAUAUUCUCCAGAAGUUGUUAUUGUAGCAUGUUUAUGUUCUUAUAGAGAAGUUCCUCAAUUAUUAAGAGAAGUUCUUGAAGGAAAUAACCGUAAUGAAGCAAAAGUGAUUUAUGAAAUGAUAUGUAAAAAGAAAGCACCAAGAGUUAGUUCUAUAGAAAAAGAAGUUGAAGUUAUUGAUUUGGAUAAUGAAAACUAUGUUUUAAAUGAAAAGAUAAAAGAACAAGAAGAUGAUGAAAAAGAUGAUAUUAUUGUCGGAACAAAUAUUAUCAGUCUUCGUUGUCCAUUGAGCUUUUGUCCUAUAACAAUUCCUGUAAAAGGGGUGUUAUGUAAACAUUCAACUGUGGUUAAUGCAAUUGGAUUCAUUGAGUAUUGUUUAAAAAAUAAUUAUUGGAAUUGUCCAUUAUGUGAAAAAAAGUGUUAUUUUUGCUCAUUAAUUAUUGAUCAUUCUCUUAUGAAAAUCAUAAAAGAAGCUCCAAAAGAUUGUGUAAAUGUAGAAAUAGAUACAAAUGGUAGAGUAAUCAGAUACAUAAAUGAUACAGGUAGUCAAUGUGAAAAUUCUGAAGACAUAGAAGUUAUAAGUUCUGAUUAA